AUGAGCCUCCGUGUGCUCGUUUUCUCACUUUUUCAUCCGGAAAUCAUUUCUUCGUUCAUUUUUGGAUCAAAUCAAGAACAAGACUUUUGCUAUCAAUUGGAUUUGGAGAAUUGCUUUCGAGAUAUUUUCAUGGCAGUGAUGCUCCCACCAGAGCGACGUGUUCGCGAGGUGCCUCUCUUCGCGAAUGCAAAUUUUUCCCGGUUUGCGAGAGGUCAACCGGCUCUCCGAAAUUUGAUGUUGUGUCACGAUGUACGGCGGAUAGCAAUGUGUUUCACGUAUCCCGGAUGCACUGAUGAAAUGGCUUCACAUGUGGCCGCCGUUCAAUAUCAUAUGGUUUUUGGGAAAAAAUUGCCUAGUCAAGUGUUUCUCUCGUAUCGAGGAUAUGGGAAACAGGUUUGUGAUCAGGGUUGUUCACAAUUCGCUCUCAAUGAAUGCAAAUCGAAGAUGAAAGCCAAUCAUAAAGAUGAUGAAUCGAUGCUCAGGAAUUUAGAGGAAUUGGCUAGCUCGGCGAUAAACUCACCGGAUUCCGAAAUGGGAUGUCGACUGUUUAAGAGACAAUUCAAAGAGUUGUUACGAGAGCGAUCUGGUCCUUGUAGUCACAUUUCAAAAUGCACUUGUAUGGAGCCCACACUUAAAGCGGGUCUCUCCCAUUGUAAUGUUGGGUGUGAGCACGAGUUCGACGCUCCCGAUUCCUCAAAUUCUCUGAAUUCAUCGAUUUCCCUCAUUUUCUUCGUCUUUCUGAGAUUGCUUUUC